ACGAUUAGAGCUUUCCGGAUCGAUUGGUGAUAUAUAGAGAGAGAGGAAUGGAUUGUGUGUGGAUCUGUGGGCGACGCCAUGAAAGUUGGAAAAUUGAAAGAGAAGGAAACAGAGGAGCUUGAGAAACCGAGAGAGACUGACGCCGACGCCAAGAAAGGUGAAAAUUUUGAGGUGGAGGAGAAACCGAAACAAAACGGAAAGAGAGUUUCGAGGAAUAUAUCGAUCGACGACGACGUUUACAUUAAGAACCCUAAACAACGCAAAAUUAACGAUGACGAGGAGGAAAUUGUGUUGGAGGGGUUAUUUGACGACGAUGAGGAUCGGAAAAUUGAGGAGGACGAUGAUGAGGAAAUUAAGAAAAAAAUUCUGAAACAGUUAUUUUCGAAAAACGAAGUUCAGGAUAUUGAUGAGAAUGACAUUGCUUAUUAUGAUCUCGAUGAAGACCUAAUUAAUAUGGAUGACGAAGAUGACGGUUGUGGUAUCGUGAACAACUAUGUCCGAGGUUCCCCGAGCUCUACAGUCGGAAUUCCGCGCGGAGAAGAUCUCAAAUCAAAACUCGAAUCUUAUGCCAACCUAGCUAUUCAUGCCUACAAUGAAGUCAAAUCGAAAGAAUACCGUUUUGUGGACGUGGUUAGCUCAACCGGAUACUUUUGCCAGGGUGUCUUAUACAGUAUGACCUUUGAAGCCAAACUUGCUGGCCAAGAUGAUUCGGAUGCCCUCACUUUAGUUGCUGAGGUUUACGAAGGUUUGUUCGGCGAACGUGAAGUAUGCCUUGUUUGCAAGCCCGAGGAACGUCCGCCUUAUUAUCCCCAAAACCGCUAAUGUAGGUAUUUCAUCUUUGUAAUUUUGAUAGAGGGUAUAAGUUCAUGGGUUAGAUUCGAAAAAGCAGUGGCUCAUAGUCAAUUUGAGGGAUUU